AUGAGAAUUCUAACCUCUCCGACGUACAUCUCCAAAGAGCCACUUGUUCGUGACCUAAAAGACUUUAUUUGCCGUUACACAUCCCGAGUGGAGAAGUUUAACUCUGCAAUUCAAAGUGCCCUCAAAGAUGGACCUAAUGAUAUGAGAGCCGAAGGAAUCGCAGAUGUUGAUAGUUACCUCCGGUGGUGUGAAAACCUCCUGCGAUGGGUGCCAAAUGUGACUUCUAGCGGAGAUGAACUUCUGCGCAAAAUUUUGGUCCUUUAUUGGGUUUUCGAUCAACCAGCCGUCCUUGAAUUACAAACACCCAUUAGACCGGAGACAUCAAAUACAGACCUUUCAUGGCUCUCAUACUGGCUUGUCUCCUUUGCUCGACAGCAGGGACAAUUCUUGUCAACCUCUGAGUCGGCCGGAGCGAUUCAUACGUUCUAUCUAAAUUCCAAAUACAACAAAGAAGCAGCACUAUGGGAGCAACCUGACAGUGGCUGGCUAUCGUUCAACCACUGGUUUGCACGUUGCUGGAGAAAUAUCGACUUGGCUCGCCCGAUUGACUUUCCUCAUGAGGACAAAGUCAUUAGCAUGCCAGCAGACUCGUUCUACGGUGGAAAUUGGCUUAUUCAGAAUGGAGAGAUUGACCUCAAUCUCAAAAUAAAGGGUAUCAACUAUAAGUGGCCCAUCAAAGACUUGCUGCAAACCACGGCAAAGACCUGGGACGAGGGUCAUUUUACCCAUUCCUUCCUGGGGCCCACUGAUUAUCACCGUCAGCAUGCCCCAGUGAGUGGAAAGGUAGUUGAGGCGAGAGUCAUACAAAGCCAAGUAUAUCUACAGGUAGCAAAAAAUACUACCGUAGGCAAGAUCUAUGCGGACCAAGCCAUAAUUUGUGCACCAAAUGAAGUUACACACCGGCGAGGUGUGAGGGCUCAAUACGAGACUGAAGGCGAGGAUGGUGAGAAUGACGAUCCUCAUAGCCACCAGAAAGAGGACCUCGAUGUGCCAAAUGACCCUGGAUACCAAUGGUGUCAAACUCGCGGAUUGAUUGUGAUCCAGACUGUAAAAUAUGGCAAGGUAGCCAUUCUUCCCAUCGGAAUGGCUCAAGUAUCAUCUGUUGUUCUUUGUGUGAAUGAAGGACAAGAAGUUGAAAAGGGAGAUAAUAUCUCGUAUUUCCAGUUUGGUGGCUCAGACUGUGUAAUGGUUUUUGAGCGAAGAGUGAACUUCAAGUAUUCAUUCAAGAGGAAAGUCAACGUCCGAAAGCAAAUCGCUACAUUCAUUGACUAA